UAUGACUGAAAUACUGUUGGAAAAAGGCGUAAAAUGAAACAAACAAACAAACAAAACCGGUGUGGAGUAUGAGCGGUGAUCAGGGAAGCAUUUGGAAACAGGCAACGGUCAAUAUUAAAAACACACCAGAGAGUUUCCAUAUAUUAGUAGCAGCUGAUGUAGGGAGCAGUUACCUUGGUGAUAUAGCUGUAGAUGACUUCAAACUUGAUCAGACACCUUGUAGUCUAGGUAAGUAUUUAUACUGCAAGUUUGAGAUACAAGUAAUUUUUGAAAAUAAAAUAUCUCAAAAUAGUGAGGUACAAGAUACUGUGAAAGUAACAUAUCUCAAAAGAGUGAGAUACAAGAAAUAACAGUAAAAAUAUAUCUCAAAACCUUUUGUUUCAGUGUGCAUGUUCUUUUUGUGCUUAAUAUCCUCUAUAUUAUAGGAAUUUGUUUGAAUGUAGAAU